UCCAUGUGUCGUGAUUGAUGUUCCUGAAUCGAAAGGUCCUAGUCAUUGUCUAGGGACUACGACAUCAACGGAUGAAUCCCCUGGCGAUCCAGCUGCGGAAAGCAUAAAGCCUUACAGAGCCGUCCAGUCCCCACUACCGGCGUAUUCCUUAACACCUAGUCACAGCACGGCCUCUGAGCUGUCAUUGAUUGUCCUGGGCGAUAAUGGAAAGCAGACCAGCGCUUCAACUGUUUUGGGUCAGAAGAACAGCGAUCAAUGCAAAGACAACAGCCCCAACAAAAUAAGUUUCGCGCUGGGUAAUGAAACGCUCAUGCCCGAGGCGAUUAUGGAAGCAAAAGAGUCAGUCACCAUCCCCCUUGUUCCUCCCUCUUCGGCUCCACAGAAGACGAAUAUUAAGGAGGGCAGUUUGUUUAUGACGAUGCCAGAGGCUUCGAUAACUGGCGAAUUUCCCUCUGCGCAGCUGUCUGCACACAACGCUCAACUGUUGACAUAUCCGAACACCAAGGGAUGCCCCCCAAACAUAAAGGAAGGCCCUACUAAAAUAGCGUCAGACGACGAACUUUAUUCCACAUCUAACUCCAAUCUCGAAGGUCCGAGUCAGGAGCCAACCAGUGAGAUAUGGGAUUUUCCAAAAUCGGGAACGAACGCACCAUUUCACCGGUUCUUGUCGGCAUCUAUCCAUGCUCCUUCGGGACAGUCACCAGAACCGGUUCAUUGUAUUGGGGGAGCCAUCGAGUCCAGUCCCGCAAUACCCCAGUCAGGAAGACCGUCACAUGUUGUUCUUAGCAAGAACGCCUUGAAUCAUCGGGCGGCGUCUUUCACACCACAAGGCUUGGUUCUGAAAAGCACGUUGACGAGAUAUGACCCGCCCCUGCGACUCGUUGGACCAGGCUUGGAGCAAGGCGACCAUGCUCUGAAUGUGAACCUCCCAAACCAUACACAUUCAAGGAAGUGCACGACUGAUCUACCUGAUCACAUUGCAAAGGCCUACGGACCGCAGCCCUUGCACUCUGCCGGAGCCUAUGCGACUCAUCGAAACGUUCCCCCUCGGAUGGCCGUUUCGGGUUCCAAUCACAUAACGACUCACAGAGCUCCCUCAACCCGCGGCCCCGUCCCAGAUUGGGCAGCUGAAGCUGCUGCGGAGCGAAGGUCUGUAGACAUUCAUAUCUCCGCGCCGAAGGUGUAUCUGGGAGCGCCAGUAGCCCGUGCGUCCUCAUCGCACCAGCCUUCAGGUACAACAACACUACGCAUGCCCAUUCCGGAAGAUAUUUUCAGUCCAGCUCCCCAACGAGUCGCAUCCAAAGUGGCUAGAUGGGCUGCAGAAGUAAACCGCGUGCGAGAGCCUGCGAUGAGUCAAAUUCUCGAGGGUUCUAGUCUCGAUGCGCAGGCUAAGGGUUGUCGUCAGGGUGGUCAACAGAGGCCGCUCCUUCUGAACCGUAAAGCAAACACAACGUUAUCACGGGACGAUACGCCAGCUGUUUUCCCAAGCGCGUCUGGAGCUGCUUAUCAUGAUCAAGGGCAAGUGUCUUCCGAAUUUGCAAAACGGGCCGUUGAAACGCGCGAUAAAGAGCAAAUAAAGACUGUCCAGGGGCAGUACAACUCUUACUACGAAUCCCUUUGUGCAAGGAACACGGAGGAUAUUAUAUUAGAGGCGAGGCGCAUAAACGCGGAUGUCGGGAGGUCGCCUUCGAACGGACAAUCUCCUAUUACAGUGAGCGACCUCAGCCUGAAUGAGUGGUUUAGUCGUGCAAGGGAUCCGAUCUCUGGAGAUGACAUCGAGAGGAUGAUCCGUAUGCUCGAAAGGGGGGCAUGAGAUGUAAACUUCCGACGGACCAUGGUUCCAGGUUUCGUCAUUCAGCCGUCAUGAUUGUUGAAAAAACCUUAUGCAUCGAGCCUGUGAGCAGUAUCACUAGUGUCGGUGCGAUUCUUGAAAACAAAUUAUAUCAGUGUCUAGAGUGAUCCGUCAC